AGGUACACAGAGAAGAGAGUGGACGACAGAAAGUAAGAGAAGGAGAAAGAGGACGGUGGCUUCUGAGCAUCUCCUGCGCAUCUUUCUCACUCCUGCACGCUCACGGAUCUUUUUAAGUCUUCACUCUGCUUCAUCCUUCCUCGUGCCUCACAGAGAGAUUAACACCUUUCUUUUUUUUUCGUUUUAUUAAAAAGAGAAUUUGGAGUUGAGAGACACGCGAUCCCUGGAAGAGUUUGCCUGUCAUUUGAAAAAUCUAAUCUUUUCCAUCUUUUUUUGGGGGAAGUUUUGAAAAGUAAAGCAGUUGCUUGUUGGUUCCAGGGGCUCGGCUUCACUUUUUUUUUUCCACGUGUCCCACGUUCACCCAGCUCCUGACACAAACGUGUCACCUGGAGAUUUUUUUUUGCGCCUGGCUAAAAAAAAAAGUUCCAGACUUUUUUUUUUUUCAGAUUUUUAUUUUACCUCACUGACCCACACAAGAGACCCAAAAAUGAGAUUUCAAACACCAGCCCCGUGUGUUGAUUGUCCUAAAGGCUUAAAUCACUAAUACAGAGAGUGAGUUUCCAAGCGUUUCACUUUUUCCACUUUCACAGCAGAGGUGGCAGCGCGGCUCACCUGUAGCAUCUCCUCCACUCAUCAGGACAUCAGAAAAACCACUUUGUGACUAUUUAAAGACAGAGAUUAACUUUUUUUUCCCCCUGAAGAGUGGAAACUCGCACUUCACACGGUUCAUUCAUUCUGCCGCCUCUUGUCACUUCCAGAGGAGGCUUUUUGGAGUGCGUAAAGGAGCGCUGCGCUUUUACGCAGAACAUCCAACUUUUUUUUGAAUCAUCCCGAAGGAUCCAGAUCUGCCUGUUUUUUUUUUUUUUUUUUUGAAGUCUUCCAGAGCUCCAGAGGGACGCCGGGCCUCUCCUCCAUCAUCAUCAUGCUGUUCGACAGUUUCGACCUCGUCUCGGCUCUGGCCACCCUGGCCGCGUGCCUGGUGUCCAUGGCGCUGCUGCUCGCCGUCUCCCAGCAGCUGUGGCAGCUCCGGUGGACGGCCACGCGGGAUAAAAACUGCAAGCUGCCCAUGCCCAAAGGAUCCAUGGGCUUCCCUUUCAUCGGCGAGACCUGCCACUGGCUCCUGCAGGGUUCGGGCUUCCACGCGUCGAGGCGGCAGAAGUACGGCAAUGUCUUCAAGACCCACCUGCUGGGCCGCCCUCUGAUCCGGGUGACGGGCGCCGACAACGUCCGCAAGGUGCUGAUGGGCGAACACACGCUGGUGACGGUGGACUGGCCUCAGAGCACCGCCACGCUGCUGGGACCGAACUCGCUGGCCAACAGCAUCGGAGACAUCCACCGCAAGAGGAGGAAGGUGUUUGCCAAAGUGUUCAGCCACGAGGCUUUAGAGUCCUACCUCCCGAAAAUCCAGCAGGUCAUCCAGGAAAGCCUCCGAGUGUGGAGCUCCAACCCUGAGCCCAUCAACGUCUACAGGGAGAGCCAGAGGUUGUCGUUCACAAUGGCCGUAAGGGUGCUGCUGGGAUUCAGGGUGACCGAGGAGGAGAUGAGGCAUCUCUUCUCAACCUUCCAGGACUUUGUUGACAACCUGUUCAGUCUGCCUAUAGACCUGCCAUUCAGCGGCUACAGAAAGGGUAUCCGUGCACGAGACUCCCUUCAGAAAAGCAUAGAAAAAGCCAUCAGAGAGAAGCCGCUAUGUUCUCAGGGGAAGGAUUACAGCGAUGCGCUGGACGUCCUGAUGGAGAGCGCCAAGGAGAAUGGCACUGAGCUCACCAUGCAGGAACUGAAGGAGUCGACCAUCGAGCUGAUCUUUGCGUCCUUUGCCACAACAGCCAGCGCCAGCACUUCACUUAUCAUGCAGCUCCUCCGCCAUCCUCAGGUCUUGGAGCGCCUGAGGGAAGAGCUGAGAGCUAGAGGUCUCCUCCACAAUGGCUGCCUCUGCCCUGAAGGAGAGCUGAGGUUGGACACCAUCGUGAGCCUUAAGUACCUGGACUGUGUCAUCAAGGAGGUGCUCAGGCUCUUUACGCCUGUCUCAGGGGCAUACAGAACCGCCAUGCAGACUUUUGAACUUGAUGGGGUUCAGGUUCCUAAAGGCUGGAGUGUGAUGUACAGCAUCCGGGACACCCAUGACACCUCAGCUGUCUUCAAGGACGUGGAUGCCUUUGACCCUGACCGCUUCAGUCAAGAGCGAGGAGAAGACAAAGAAGGGCGCUUCAACUACCUUCCAUUUGGUGGUGGUGUCCGGUCCUGUCUGGGCAAACAGCUCGCCACUCUCUUCCUUCGCAUCCUCGCCAUUGAGUUAGCCAGCACCAGCCGUUUUGAGCUUGCUACCCGGAACUUCCCUCGUGUGAUCACGGUACCAGUGGUCCACCCUGUUGACGGGCUGAAGGUCAAGUUCUAUGGCUUGGACUCUAACCAGAACGAGAUCAUGGCCAAGACAGACGAGCUGCUUGGGGCAACUGUUUGAAGGGCAGGAAGUAGACAAGUAAGGGGGAGGGGUGAGUUAUCUAAGAAGUCUUUAGGGUGAAGAUUGAAGGUUGGAAAGAAAUAAUUUCAGUUAUUUUUCUUCUCCACCUUUUCUCUGCUAAGUUAGGGGUUCUUUUUCAGACUAAAAGAAAAGCAGAGGUCUUCAUCUCUUGUUACAACUGCAAAUGAUGAGAGGAAUGUACCUCUGAGAAAGGAAGAAGCUGCCAAAAACGUUCUUAAUUAUGCUCUAUUCUGUGUAUUUUUUAAAGAAAUAUACAAACAAAAUCUAUUUACAAAAAAAAGCUAUGUAAUAUAAUUUGAAAUAUAGAAUGUGGGUAGUGCACAAUGGUAGUAAGAAGGAAUACGUGUACUUUGG